AUGGCGGCAACGCCGGCGGGGGAGGGAUCCCUCAUUUUCUUCCUGCAACCGCUCUUCCUCCACGGCGUGAGCGCCGCGGCCCACCUCAUACUCGCGCUCGCCGUCGCGGGGCGCUUGCUCUUUUGCCGCCUCUCCGCUGAAAGCACCAAGGACGGGAAGGUCCUCCUCGCCGCGUACUCCUGGUACGCGGACGGUGGAGCCGGGUGGUCACGUGACGCGGUCGCGGAACAGGUGGACGCGGCCGCGCGCGCGGUGGCGUGGUUGCUGCUCGCCGCGUACCUGCAGUUCGAUUUCGGGCGGCGGCGGCAGCAGGAGCGGUUGCCUGCGCAGCUCAGGCUUUGGUGGGCGCUCUACAUGCUGCUCUCCGUCGCCACCGUCGGCGCUCACGCGGCGUCGAGUCUCGACGGGUUCCUCGUGCUCGGUCGGUCGUGGGUGCUCGACGCCGUCUCUGUUGUUGCAGCAGUGGUUCUACUCUCAGCUGGGUUCCUCGGAAGGAGGGCGGGAGGGGGCCAAGGCCAUGCUUCCGAGGAGCCUCUGCUGAACGGCGCGCACGAGGCGGCCGGUGAGAACAGCAGCAUCGCCGGCGCCGACGGCGCAUCCUUGCUCACUGGCGCCGGCUUUCUUAGCGUGCUCACCUUCUCGUGGAUGUCCCCUCUGCUCAGCGUGGGCCACAGGAAGACCCUCGUCCUGGAGGACGUCCCGGGCCUCGAGUCCGGCGACAGCGUUGCUGGCCUGCUCCCGUCGUUCAAGGCCAACCUUGAGGCGCUCAGCCGCGACGGCGACAGCUCCAGCUCUAGCUCCAGCCGGAAGGUCGUCACGGCGUUCAAGCUCACCAAGGCCCUGCUGCGCACCGUCUGGUGGCACGUCGCGGUGACCGCGUUCUACGCGCUGGUCUACAACGUCGGCCCGUACCUCAUAGACUCCGUGGUGCAGUACCUCAACGGCGACGAGAGCCAGUCAAGGCGGAGCCGCACAAGCGGAGAGAUGAUUAACAUCAUCAGCGUCGACGCCGACCGCGUCGGCAUCUUCGCAUGGUACAUGCACGACCUCUGGCUGGUGCCGUUACAAGUAGGCAUGGCAAUGUUCAUCCUGUACUCCACGCUCGGGCUCGCCUCGCUUGCCGCGCUCGGUGCCACCGUGGUCAUCAUGCUUGCCAACGUGCCUCCCGGAAAAAUGCAGGAGAAGUUCCAGGAGAAGCUCAUGGACAGCAAGGACGUCAGGAUGAAGGCGACGACUGAGAUCCUUCACAAUAUGAGGAUUCUGAAGCUGCAGGGGUGGGAGAUGAAAUUCCUCUCCAAGAUCAUUGAGCUGAGGAAGACACAGACGAAUUGGCUAAAGAAAUACCUCUACACAUCGGCCACGUCAGGGAAGGUGCUGUCAGCAUUGACCACGUUCCACGUGCUCAAGGAACCGAUAUAUGUCCUUCCUGACACUAUCUCAAUAGUGAUUCGGAUCAAGGUGUCCCUUGACAGGAUAGCAUCAUUCCUAUGCCUUGACGAGCUGCCGAGUGAUGCUGUGCAGAGGCUUCCAAGUGGUAGCUCUGACUUUGCAAUCAACGUCAACAAUGGGUGCUUCUCCUGGGAAGCCUCACCUGAAAUCGUCCCAAAACUGAAGGAUCUCAACUUCCAAGCUAGGCCAGGCAUGCGUGUUGCGGUUUGUGGGACAGUUGGCUCCGGCAAAUCGAGCUUGCUGUCUUGCAUUCUUGGCGAGAUUCCAAAGUUAUCGGGAGAGGUCCAGACUUGUGGGACAACAGCAUAUGUCAGUCAGUCAGCAUGGAUACAGAGCGGCAAAAUUCAGGAGAAUAUACUGUUCGGCAAGGAGAUGGACACAGAGAAGUAUGACAGAGUACUUGAGUCAUGCUCGCUGAAGAAAGACUUGGAGAUUUUGCCAUUUGGUGAUCAGACAGUCAUCGGCAAGCGAGGCAUCAACCUUAGUGGCGGGCAGAAGCAAAGGAUUCAGAUAGCCCGCGCUCUUUAUCAGGAUUCCGACAUCUAUUUGUUCGAUGAUCCAUUCAGUGCAGUUGAUGCCCAUACAGGAUCCCACCUUUUUAAGGAAUGCUUGCUUGGGGAUUUGGCUUCAAAAACAGUGGUUUAUGUUACUCAUCAGAUUGAAUUCCUACCUACUGCUGAUCUCAUUCUUGUCAUAAAAGAUGGGAGAAUAGCACAAGCAGGAAAAUACAACGAAAUACUAGGUUCAGGGAAAGAGUUCAUGGAGCUAGUUGGUGCUCACAAGGAUGCUCUGACAACAUUGGAUGCGAUUGAUUCCAUGAAUGGAGGCAAUGUGCCCUCUCCUUCAAGUGGCAAAGCAAAGCCGAAGCUUUCCAGAUCACUGUCAUCAGUUGAGAAGAAAGAUAAAGCCAACAAUGAUGAACAGAAUGCUCAGAGUGGGCAGCUGGUGCAGGAAGAAGAAAGGGAGAAAGGUAGGGUAGGGUUCUGGGUCUAUUGGAAGUACCUCACACUAGCUUAUAAGGGAGCUCUUGUACCAUUUGUGUUGCUAGCACAGAUACUUUUCCAAAUACUUCAAAUUGUGAGUAAUUACUGGAUGGCUUGGGCUGCUCCCGUGUCAAAGGAUGUUGAGCCUCCGGUGAACAUGUCGACACUGAUCUAUGUCUAUGUCAUCCUGGCUCUUGGAAGCUCACUGUGUAUCCUUGCUUCAACUGAUCAAAGUGAAGUGGACACUAUCAUUGCUGGCCAGAUGGGCUUUGUUGCAUUUUCCAUCAUUCAACUUAUCGGAAUUAUUGUGGUGAUGUCUCAAGUUGCAUGGCAGGUCUUUGUUGUUUUCAUCCCUGUAUUUGCUACCUGUGUCUGGUAUCAGGGGCUUCUUCAGUGGCCUCUGGCUCUGGGACUCAUAGUUCAGGUGGACUUCAUUGUGAUCACAGUGACAGAGAUGGACAUGUUGAGGCUCACUGUUACAAGAAGAAGAGGCAGCAGACUCAGUCUCGCCAAGGUGGGCAUCCCUCACAGGGUUCUCGACUUCUAG